GCAAUCCGAGAAUAGGAAGUGUCGCUCAGUAGUAAGGGCUUAACAUGGGUAGCUACGUGUAGUAGUAUGUGGCUGAUAUAGAUGAAAGCUUUUGCAGUUCGUCUUUAAACGUGGAUGUUUUGUGCAAUAGUGUGUCUCCUCUGGAACUGGAUGUUUGGCGGCAGGAGUAGCAGCAGCUGCAGCUAGCACACUGUUAGCUUGUCAACAACAAUAACAACAAUGGGUUAUAAAAGGUGUUCGAAGAGGACGAGGACGUUUUGUUUUCUCACCAUCCUCCUCAUAGUCUUCAUUAAAGGAUUAACAGCUGAUGAAGAGCAGCACCGUAACGACGGAGCACAGUUAAAGUCCUACCACGAUCCAGACUCUGAGGAGGAAGAUGUUCGUCUGGCGUCAGAAAUCGCUGCAUCUGCUUCAGUGACCUCCGGACAUGAAGUUUCUCAGUCAGAUGAGGAAAAGCAAUCACCUGCUGAAGGACUGGAGGGGGAGGAAAAGGAGGACCUUCCUGACCAGCCUCCUCCUGUUGAAGAGAAACCUAAAGAAGUUCCUAUAGUAAAUGGAGGAACAGCCCACGGAGAGCCCUGCAUCUUCCCCUUCCUCUUCCAGGGUAAACAGUACCUGGACUGUACCACUGACGGACGAGGGGAUGGGCGACUUUGGUGCGCCACAACCUACGACUAUGACCAGGAUAAGAAGUGGGGCUUCUGUGAGACGGAGGAACAGGCGCAGCAGCGACUGCAGGCCGAGGAGGCCGAGGAACAAUAUCAAACCAUCCUACGAAUGCUCAACGCCACCACCAGGAAGGCUCAGAAAAAAGAAUUGUACGAGAAGCUGCUGAAAGUGGCGGUGAAAGGCCACCAGAAGGCCAUGGAGAAGGUGGCGUAUGCGAUGCUCUUCGGAGACUACAUGAACCAAAACAUCACCAAGGCCAAGGAGAUGUUCGAGAAGCUCGCCAUCGAAGGCUCGCCGAAAGCUCAGAUGGCUCUUGGAUUUCUGUAUGCAGCAGGACUUGGAGUUAACUCGAGUCAAGCAAAGGCUCUGGUUUACUACACUUUCAGUGCUCUGGGUGGAAACCUCGUGGCUCAUAUGAUUCUGGGAUACAGAUACUGGGGAGGUGUCGGAGUUCCCCAAAGCUGUGAGUCAGCGCUGACGCAUUACAGGCUGGUGUCUAAUCACGUGGCCAGCGAUGUUUCCCUGACAGGAGGCUCGGCGGUGCAGAGGAUCAGGCUGCUGGAUGAGGUGGAGAACCCGGGUUCUGCCAGCGGGAUGUUGGAGGAAGAUCUCAUCCAGUACUACCAGUUUCUAGCUGAGAAGGGAGACGUACAAGCUCAGGUGGGACUGGGACAGCUGCACCUGCAUGGAGGACGUGGAGUUGAACAGAACCACCAGAGGGCAUAUGACUACUUCACCCAGGCUGCAAAUGCAGGAAACACAAAUGCAAUGGCUUUCCUCGGCAAGAUGUAUUCAGAAGGCAGUGAGUUUCUACCUCAGAACAAUGAGACGGCGCUGCAGUACUUCAAGAAGGCUUCGGACUUGGGUAAUCCAGUGGGACAGAGCGGCCUGGGUAUGGCCUACCGGUAUGGAAGAGGCGUCCCAGUGAACUACGAGCUGGCUCUGAAAUACUUCCAGAAGGCAGCAGAGCAGGGCUGGGUGGACGGACAGCUGCAGCUGGGCACCAUGUAUUACAAUGGCAUCGGGGUGAAGCGUGAUUACAAACAGGCGCUGAAAUUCUUCAACCUGGCCUCACAGUCCGGUCACAUCCUGGCCUUCUACAACCUGGCCCAGAUGCACGCUACCGGUACCGGAGUGAUGCGCUCCUGCCACACUGCAGUGGAGCUUUUUAAGAACGUGUGUGAGCGUGGUCGCUGGUCGGAGCGUCUGAUGACUGCGUACAGCAGCUUUAAGGAAGGCGAGAUGGACGCCGCUCUGAUUCAGUAUCUGCUGCUGGCUGAACAGGGAUACGAGGUGGCUCAGAGCAACGUGGCCUUCGUUCUGGACCAGAAAGGUGCAAAGAUCUUCAGUGAGAAUGAGACGUAUCCUCGAGCGUUGCUGCACUGGACGAGAGCUGCAGCUCAAGGUUACACUGUGGCGAGGAUAAAGCUCGGGGACUACCACUUCUACGGCUACGGAACAGAUGUGGACUAUGAGACAGCUGUGAUCCACUACAGACUGGCAUCAGAGCAGCAGCACAGCGCCCAGGCCAUGUUCAACCUGGGCUACAUGCACGAGAAAGGCCUCGGCAUCAAGCAGGACAUACAUUUAGCCAAGCGUUUCUAUGACAUGGCGGCUGAAGCCAGUCCCGAUGCCCAGGUGCCAGUUUUCUUGGCGCUCUGCAAGCUGGGCCUGAUUUACACUCUGCAGUACCUGCAGGAUCUUAAUCUGAAGGAGCUGAUCUCUCAGGUGGACCUGGACCAGCUCCUGGGCCCAGAGUGGGACCUCUACCUCAUGACGGUCAUCGCCCUGCUGCUCGGCACCGUCAUCGCCUACCGUCAGCGCCAGCACCAAAUCAUAGUGCCACCUCGCCCUCCCGCCCCGGCCCCGGCCCCGGCCCCGGCCCCGGCCCCGGCGCCUCCUCCACGACCUCCUCAGGAGCAGCCGCCAGCCCCGGCAGAACCACGGGACGAAACCCCGGCUCCGGAAGAGGAGGAGCAGUGAGGGAGCAGGAAAGGACAGACGAGAGGCCGAAACCCUCUCCACAUGCUCAGAUAGACUCGACUGGCUGCCCAACUGCUCGGUCUCCUUCCUCCAUCUGAAAUGUGCUGGAGAGUCGGCGGCGGGGGUGUUAACACUACAGAACAGAGUGUUGAGAGGAUAAAACAGGCUUCGGACUUGUUAGUCUGUGACUCAGGAUACUUCCAGAAGCCCCCGUGUCCUCUCUAUGGAAAUAGUCUGCCAGAUCAAAAGGCAGUUUGACUCAUUAGCAAGAUGGAAUCUGAUAUGUGCUUUAGUUUCUUCUCACUCUCCCCCUUUUUAUUUUAUUUUCUCACUCAGUCGGACUGCUUCAAUCCUUAACUUUGUGCAGUAUUUAGAAAAAAAAGGAAGGAAAAUGUGAACGAAAGUAAUUUAAUUUUCUAGAAAUCAUGAUUCUGCAUGUUUUCUCAGAUUUUUUUUUUCUUCAGUUUAGGCGCCUUUUUUUUCAUUGAGUGAACAAAUUUUCAUUUUUGCUUUGCGUUUUUCGCAUCCAUUUGUUUAGUUCAGCAGUGCUAAAAUAUACUGCAGCCAUGUUCUAUCAUCGCUUUCAGAACAAGACACUAGAGAAGCAAGUUGACGUUUGUUUUUGUUCCUAAAAAGGGGUCGACCGAAACAAAUUAUUAGUAGUAAAGGGCAUUAAGAACUGAUAUUUGGAGUGAAAAUGAAAAUUUUGUUGUCAAAAUUAAGAAUAAUACAAAAUUUUGUCGACAUGUCUUUGUUUUUUCAUGUUCGUGGCUGCAUUCAAGCCAAAGUAGCAUAUUUUAAACGAAUUUACUUGAAUUGAAAUCAGUAAAAACGUACAUAAAAUUGGAAAAAUGCUCAUCCAAUAAUCAGUUGACCCCUCGUUUCUAACUCGUUUGGGUAAAACUGAGCCGUCACAGAAUCCCAUAUCCGUCUUGUGCCGUGUGAAAAUGGUAAAAGCAGAGAUCAUAGGCUUUUAAAAUUCAUUUUACAGAGCAAGUGAGCAAGAAAAUUGACAGUGCAGUGAAAGAAAAGCGGAGGAGAGUCUGUUUUGAAGCUGCACUGUACAUCGGUGUGCACAUUUUUUUGACUUCUCGCUCGAUAGUUCUAGUUCGCUGAGCCAACUGUUGAAAAUGGAGUAGCACCUCAGACUGGAUUGUUUCUACAUUAGAUGCCGUGUGGAUACUUUUUUUUUUUUUUUUUUUUAUUCUUGUAUUUGGGUUACACAACUUCAGCUGUUGUGAGAAUUUCCUCCCCCUCACCACCAAAACGCUGGAGAUCUGCCUUUAGUUUUCAGCUCAGAUGGCCACAAAUCUGAGCCCUGAAACGGGGAAAACAAAUGAAGCCAUGGUUCAGCCGCACAGUAUUCAUCCGGAGUACUUUUUUUUUUUUCUUUCUUUUUUGCCACUUUCAACUCCCAUUUGUUCGGUUCCACAAUGUGCUUGUUGUAAGAAUUGUCGAGAGUGUAUCUGCCGCUACAUCUGCAUGAAGUGUCAAACAGGACAUGUUUAUUUGCAGGACAACUUUCCUGCACCUAAUCCCAAAAAAACUCACGUUUGGUCCCCAAAAAAAAAAAAAUCAAACACUGGUCAAGAUUGUUGAAGCAUUUUUACCAUCGAUACACGUUUAUAAAGAAGUUAAUAAAUGAUAUAUGGAUAUUUAA